AUGUCCGAUUUAUCAAACCUUCGUGCCAUCGACUUUAAGCGUACUGAGCGCAUAGCGUUGACCACCGUUCUCAGAGAGUAUAUUAGUUGCUCGUACGCCGAACAUCCCGACGCGUACACCGACGACCUUCGCAUUAUCGACGAUUUGAGAACGGACUGUCUCAAUUUAGAAGUGCACCCGAAUGCUCUAAAUAGAUUGUUAAAGGCAAUACCUGAAGGCGUUAAAAGAGCCUGUCAGCAUUUCCAAUUUGCAGCUGGAUGCUUUAAGCACUUGAAAGAUUCAAUCGUACCAGAAAUGCGAAUUGCACCGACCAUGGACAUGUCACCUGCGACUUUAGACGUGCUUAUCAAUAUGAUGCUCGCUCAGGCACAAGAAUGUUUUUGGCAGAAAGCCAUUCAUGAACAAUUGAAAGACGGGACUAUAGCGAAAUUGGCAAGUCAAGUUUCCGACUAUUAUGAAGCUGCGCAUGAGUUAACCGCAAACAACCCCGAUGUUGCCAAGAUGCUGGGACAGAAUUGGGUUAUGCACUUGAAAGUGAAAUCAUGGCAUUUUAUAGCGGCAGCAGAAUUUCGAAAGUCCAGCGAAUGCAUUAGUCAAAAUAAAUACGGUGAAGAAAUUGCGAGAUUGCAGGUGGCAGAAGGUUACGUGAAGCGUGGCUUCGAACAAAGUAAAUACUUGGGCGAUGCGGUCGUCAAAGAUCUAGAGUCGUUGCGCAACGUGAUCCUCUCGAGCCUCAGUCGCGCGGUGAAAGACAACGACAUCAUUUAUCUAAACACCAUUCCGUCGGCUUCCUCUUUGGUAGCCAUCGGUCGUGCAAACUUGGCAAACCCAAAUGUUCUACCAGAAGUUGGAGAUCCCAUUCCCUUGAUGAAUGAAAAGUCGAUUUUGGGUAUGCCUUUGUUCGCCAAACUUGUUCCCUUCGCUGUCCAUCAAGCCUACAGCGUGUAUUCGGAUCGCAAGGAACAACUGAAGGAAAGAAUCAUAUCGCAACUGCAAGAUUUAUCAAACGUUUGUACGAGCACCCUGCAGUCGCUGAACCUCCCCGCUUCGCUACAUACUCCCGAACAAUCACUCCCAUCAUCGUUGUUCGUAAAGUCACAGGAUGUUCGCAACGAAGGAGGGCUUACGAGAUUGGAAGCCAUGUUCGAGACCAUAGAAGAGUGUUUUCCAAAUAGCAAUAAAAUAUUGGAAGAGGCGUUUAAUAUAUUGGAUGCAGAAGCGGGAGAGGAUGAAGAAUGGCAAAGUCAAUUUGGAGAAAGAUGGCUUAGGGAAAGUUCCGAGAAUGUCAAUAAGGGAUUGAUAGAACAAGCGAAUAAGCAUAAAAAGAUUCUCGAGCAAGCUCGCAUGGGAGACAAUUCGAUACGAAAUAAAAUCGAACAAUGGUCAGGAUUCAUUAAAUUAUUGGGCGAAGAUAAGGAAACAUUGAUCAGCUCUAUUCCUUCGGGUGACACCGUAGUUGGGACUGCACAAGAAAGUCUUCAAGGAGUCACGAUUGAACUGCGAUCGCUGGUAAACGAAGCCUAUGGUUUUAUGAAAGAUUGUCAAAACACGAUUCAAGAAGUCAAAAAAACUGCGGGUUUGGAUGACAUCGGUCCGAUCCUGCUUAAAGAGGCCGCCAGGAUAACAGCUGCCAAUGGUACGGCGACAAAAAUUGAACCUUCUCAAUUUGAGGAUUUGUUCACCGAGCAGAUGAAAAGGUACGACAAGUUUUUGGAAUUGGCAGAAAAGGAGUCGGAACGACAAGAUAGAAUUCUGAAUAACGUUGGGGAAAAGUUCAAAGAGUUGUCCGAGAAACGUGUUUCGAAGAAUGACUCCGAAAGGGUGAAAGCUUUGACGAACCUUGAGAAUGCAUAUAAUAAAUUCAGAGAGAUUCUGAUGAAUUUGCAGGAGGGCAUAAAGUUCUACAGCGAUUUUGACAACACGUUGAAUGAAUUCAAGAAAAAUUGCGAAGAAUUUGCGCGAUUUCGUCAUGAUGAAGGAGAAAGACAUGUCAAUCGUUUGACAGGUCGCGGGGGGAAUCCCAAUCGGCCCCAAUCAGUCGAUCAAAGCUUGUCAUACGGUGGGUCACCAUACACUUUACCUGUAAAUAAUUCGCGGGCGUCACAACAAAGUGGGAAAAUGGGUUGGGACUCACCUCCUUCAUCUCCAAAUUGGUCACCGCAUAACUGGCCACCGCCUGAUUGUUCUUCCGCCUUCACGUGUUACAAUUGGUCUUCACCAUCCGGUAAAGGAGGCGAUUUCUUUGAAGUAGUUAAAAGGUUCGAGGAUGAUAUGAAUCGGGUGUUCACCGAUUUUUAUAAUGAAUGGAGAUGUCCUGUGAUCAAUGAAAAGAUCAAUUGGCAAGAUGCGUGUUCAAUGAACUCCCCGGUGGAUGGUAAACUUCAAUCGCAUGCCACAAUCCCUUUGCCUUUCAAAGUCUUUUCCAAGAUGUCACAAGUGACCAUUAAUCACGGGGUUAUCGAGAUGAAGGAGAAUAUUUACGCCCAAUAA